AUGGAGAUGCACUUGUGCAUGGUGCCAAAGACACCUGGGAGACCUCAUGUUGUUGGAAUUCUGACAAGGCAUGACCUUAUGCUAGAGCACAUUCUGGGACUUUACCCACAUAUCAAUCCGCACAAUUAUUGUAAUUGGAGAUUAUGUGGCUUUCUUGCUUGGAAGCCAAUGAUGAUGGAAGACAAAGUCAGCCCAGUGCACAUGGCAAUGAAGAUAUGA